CUGUGUCUGGCUGUCCCUGGGGAAACUGUGAGGUGGUGCACCAUCUCAGAUCAUGAAGCCAGUAAGUGCUCCAGUUUCACUGCCAAUAUGAAAAGAGUCCUUCCAGUGGAUGGUCCCCACAUCACCUGUGUGAAGAGAAACUCUCACCUCGAAUGUAUCAAGGCCAUUAUGGCCAAUGAAGCAGAUGCUGUGACUCUUGAAGCAGGUUUGGUGCUUGAAGCAGGGCUGCCCCCCUUCAAUCUGAAGCCUGUCGUGGCCGAAUUCCAUGGGUCAAACAUUGAGUCACAAACCUUGCAUUAUGCUGUGGCUGUGGUGGAGAAGGGCAGUGACUUCCAGCUGCAACAGCUCCAAGGCAAGAAGUCCUGCCACUCGGGCCUAGGAUGGUCUGCUGGGUGGUACCUCCCCAUCCGGAUACUUCUUCCUUCUGACUCUGUUGAAGAAGAAAUGGCCAAGAUCUUCUCUGGCAGCUGUGUCCCCUGUGCGAACAGGGAGGUAUUCCCCAAGCUGUGUCAACUGUGUGCGGGGAAAGGGACAAACAAGUGUGCCUGCUCCUUCCAAGAACCAUACUUCGGCUACGCUGGUGCCUUCAAGUGUCUGCAGGAUGGUGUGGGGGAUGUGGCCUUUGUGAGGCAUAUGACAGUGUUUGAGAACCUGGCAAACAGGACUGAUCAUGAUCAGUAUAAGUUGCUCUGCCCGGACAACAGCCAGAUGCCUGUGGAUAAAUACAGGGAGUGCAACCUGGGCCUCUUCCCUUCUCAUGCUGUCGUGGCUCGAAAUGUGGGGGGCAAGGAGGACUUGAUCUGGGAGCUACUCAACCAGGCCCAGGAACAUUUUGGAGAAGACAAGUCGACAGAAUUCCAGCUCUUUGCCUCUCCUCAUGGGAAGGACUUGCUGUUUACAGAUGCUACCCGUGGGUUUUUAAGAAUCCCUCCUAAGAUGGAUGCCAAGCUAUACAUGGGAUAUGAAUAUUUUGCUGCCACUCAACAUCAAAGGAGAGGUACAUGCCCACUCUGCUGUGUGGAAGACCCCCAGAGGGUGCUGUGGUGUGCAGUGGGCCACCAUGAGAAGGUCAAGUGUGAUGAAUGGAGUGCUGUAAGCGGUGGUGCUUUACAGUGCACCACAGAGGAAAGCACUGAGGACUGCAUCGCCGCCAUCACAAAGGGAGAGGCCGAUGCCAUGACUUUGGAUGGAGGCUUCAUCUACACAGCGGGGCAGUGUGGUCUGGUGCCUGUCCUGGCAGAGAACUACAAUGGGUCUACGUGUGUAAAUACACCCGUGGCAGGUCAUUAUGUCGUGGCAGUGGUUAAGAAAUCAGAUCCGUACUUCACUUGGGACUCUCUGCAAGGCAAGAGGUCCUGCCACCCCGCGGUUGGUACUUCCGCAGGCUGGAUCAUCCCCAUGGGUUUAAUAUACAACAAAACCGGGUCCUGUAAAUUUGAUGAAUUCUUCAGUCAAAGUUGUGCCCCUGGGUCUGACCUGGAUUCCAGGCUCUGUGCUCUGUGCAGUGGUGGCAGCAGCCCAGGCCACACCUGUGCUCCCAACCACCACGAGAGAUACUAUGGCUUCAGCGGGGCAUUCAGGUGUCUGGUUGAAAAGGGAGACGUGGCCUUUGUGAAGGAGAGCACAGUCUUCCAGAACACUGAUGGCAAGAACCCUGAAGCCUGGGCUAAAGAUCUGAAGCAGGAAGACUUUGAGCUGCUGUGCCUCGAUGGUACCAGGAAGCCUGUGACUGAAGCUCGAAGGUGCCACCUGGCCAUAGUCCCAAAUCAUGCUGUGGUCUCAAGGAAAGAUAAGGCAGAUUUUGUCCACAGGAUACUCUUCAAUCAACAGGAACUCUUUGGAAGAGAUGGGUUUGAAUACAGGAUGUUCCAGAUGUUUCAGUCGUCAACUAAGGACCUGCUCUUCAGCGAUGACACGGCAUGUUUAGCUAACCUUCAGGACAAAGCAGCCUAUCGAAAAUACUUAGGACCAGAGUAUCUUACGACAAUUGCUAACAUGGGACAAUGCUUACACUCUGAACUUCAGGACGCCUGUACAUUCCAUGCACAUUAAAAACUGAUCAAAGUGGGCAACCACGGAAAUGCUCAGUGCCUGCAAAUAUGUGUGGGGACACAUCUCACUUGUCUGCAUGUGGGCCUUUGUUAACUUCAGUUGUUUUAUAUAAUUAUGUGCUGUAACUGAUACAAAAUUAAAGUGAACAGAAAUUACAAUGAAUAAAAAUUAUUGUGUCUGCUCAGAAAACUUCA